CAAGUCUUUUUUAUUGAAAAUAAACGACAAAUCUGUAAGCCGUCAGUUCCUUUGAGUGCAUCCGCCAACUUAAAUUUGGAUUCUCUUCUCUACUUUCAAUUUACUUUGCUUCCCUCGCUUUAUUUUUACUCAGCCAGCCGCAAAUCCCAACACUUGUGUAGAUCUUUCUGUUUCUAUCCAUGGCGAGGAUCGCGGCAGAGCACGCAAGGCGAUGACUGAUACGGCGAGCAGGACUCUUUUACCGGCGAAAACUCCGGGUAAGUUUUCUUCUUUAGCCUCAGGAAUCAAGUCAGACCGCCGGCCGCAGUGGCGGCGGCGGUGGCGGAGUCGUCCCCGUUUUUCCUUAUGCGUCGCCGCUGGGGACGGUGGAAAGCGAAGUAUCCCCGCCACUCCUUUGCUCCAGUGGAAGUUCGACGAAGAAAGUUCAAGCGGCGGCAAGCCGCAGCGCCAUCCAGGUGGCGAAACCCUCAGGAAGCACAAAAAACCGGCAAGAGGUUCCAAGCCGGCUGCUUCAGCGAGGAGACUCGCUGCCGGAAUCUUGCACCUCUGGCUCCCGAAGGUUGUCGGUGGAGGAGAACCCAGUUUGGAUUUGAAGAUCAAUUACGGUCAGCAACACCUCCCUUAUGUCUCCAGUGGCAAUUUCUUCAAUCUCCACCCUGAUACCAAUGAAGAUUUCAUUAGCCUUCUUGCUAUUAAAAAACGCAGGAAUGGCAUUUCGCACAAGCUUGAAGCUUCUGCUUCAUUGCUCUCUUCCUUUUCCGAGAUUGAGACAAAAUGGGACCUUGGCUAUCCAAAGGUAUCUAGAGAUGCAUUUCACUUUUAUGAUAAUCGGAAACCUCUCGAAGACCAGAAAACCAACAAGUUCUCUAUUGUUUCUGCUCUCCGAUCAGAACUUGAACUGGCUCGGUCCAAAGUCAGUGAGCUUGAGGUGGAACGGGAAUCUGCUAAGAAAAAGCUUGAUCACUUCAUGAGGAAAAUUGAAGAGAAAGCUGUGCGGAGGAGAAGAGAGCAUGAAAAGAUUAGAUCUGUAAUUGAUGCAAUGAAGGAGGAUUUGAACAGAGAAAGGAAGAAUGCUCAGAUGCUAGAAAUUAUGAAUGCCAAGCUUGUUAAUGAGCUUGCUGAGGCUAAGCUAUCUGCAAAGCAGUUCUUGCAGGAGUAUGAGAAAGAGAGGAAAUCCCGUGAACUUAUCGAAGAAGUUUGCAAUGAGCUGGCUAAGGAGAUUGGGGAUGAUAAGGCUGAGGUUGAGGCACUGAAGUUGGAGUCAGUAAAGACCAGAGAAGAAGUGGAAGAGGAGAGAAAGAUGUUACAGAUGGCAGAGGUAUGGAGGGAAGAAAGAGUGCAAAUGAAGCUAAUUGAUGCAAAGCUAGCUCUUGAAGAAAAGUAUUCAAAGCUAAGCAAAUUGCAGGAGGAGGUAGAAGCCUUUCUGAGUAUAAGAAGUGUCAACAACUACAAUGUUUCUGAGACUAAACAAGCACAAGCUCUUAAAGAGGCAAUUGGAUCAGUCAAAGCUUAUGAUAUGAAAGAGUUCUCAUACCAUCCUCUACCAGCUUCUCAUGGCAUUUUUUCCAUCUUUGAAGAACUCCAGCCAAUACAGCAGGCUACUGUAAAAGAGAUUGAACAAUGCCAUGGAUCUUUGACUCCCGAUGCGAAUGGAUAUUCAGAAAGUAUCAUGAAGAAGUACGACAACAUGAUAUUUAAUGGAAAUUGUGAUGCAGAAGAAGAUGAGAGCGGGUGGGAAACCGUGAGUCAUGUGGAAGAGCACGACUCCUGCAAGUCACCUGAUGGAAGUGAACCCUCUGUUAGUGGAGUAGAUUGUGAUAUGCAUAGAGAUGAUGAGAAACAAACUAGUGAAAUUAGCGAGGUUUGUUCCAUAACAACAAGACAAUCAAGAAAAAAAGCUUCUUCUCUAUCUAGAUUUUGGAAGUCAUCACAUGGGAGUAAUGCCGAAGAUUUGAAGAAGAUUUCUUUUGAGUUAACCAAUGGGAGACUUUGCAAUGAUCAAUCAUUUAAUGCCACAGCCACACUAUCAUCAUCAAGGAUGUCUACCGAAACAGGCAUCAGCCCAGCUAGUGCUUGUAAUUGGAGCUCCUCUGAUUUACUGAACUCUCAUAUUAGCAAUGGGGUAACGGGCCAUGUUGAAUGGCCACAGUCCACAAAGAAGCAAAGCUUGAAGGCAAAGCUCAUGGACGCAAGGAUUCAAAUUCAGAAGGUUCAGCUUCGUCAGGUCCUUAAACAGAAGAUAUAAGACUUCUGAAGUGCUGCAGCCGGCAAUGAAACGCAGAUUCAAAUACACCUCCUUGGCUCUGGUAUGCUUUGAACCAGCUCCAUACAGUUAUUAUUCAUUUACUUAACUGUCGGUAGACGGGUAAUGUUCUAUUUCAGAGAUUUAGAAUCUUCUUCAGCAUGUGAUUUUAGCAUGCUAAGCAUUCUAGCAUAGUUAUGAAUAUGUUAGUUUUAGUUCUCCGGUUCAGUAUAUUAAAUGGUAUAUUUUUAGAAAUUAGUAGUGUAGUGAUAAUUUUUGCCGAAUUCA